AUGGUGCACAGCAGCGCUUUGACUGUGAAGCCUCGCUGGCUGUCACUGCUGCUCUCGGGGGAGAAGACCUGGGAGCUGCGGAGCACCCACUGCCGCCAGCGGGGGGACGUGGCGCUUCUGGCGAGCGGCACUUCUACCGUUUGGGGCAUUGUGGAGAUCCUGGACAGCAAGAGCCGCAGCUUCGAGGAGCUCGCGGAGGCUGAGACUUUGCAUCGGGUCCCCCGCGAGGAGCUCCGGGAGUUUGCCAAGAAGAAGGCCUUCGCCUGGGUCGUGGGAAAGCCCCGGAUCUUGGUGCGGCCGCUGCGGGUGAAGCGCGCCAGCGCUUCCGUGAAUUGGGUGAAGCUCGAUGAGGGCACUCUAAGGGAGCUCCGCCGCAGGGCCGCCUACGACGGAGACGUGGCCACCGCUUUGCGCCAUGACAUGGCGCUGGCGGCGGGCCCCAGACGAGCGCGGAGGACGGCGCCGCGGGACCACUUCGUGGGGUCGCUGAUGGCGGAGGCGGAUGACUUCAGCGCGGAGGGCGCGGCCACGAGCGUCUUCCGGCGCCUCAGCGCCUGGCGCCUCUACGGCGGAAGCGAUGCACCCGACGAGCUGUGCGAUCUGUUGCUGCUGUGCGGUCGGCAGCUUGCGCAGAGGACCCUGGAAGAGCCGGAGACCCAGCAGCUUCGCUGGUGCCUGGAACUCCUGGAGCGCCUGGAUGACCAGCGCCUGCAGCCCUUGCGGCGGUUGCUCGACUAUGUAGCGGUGAAGAACCUGACGAUCUAUGGAAAGCUGUCCUUUGAUGACAGCGAAGACAGGCAUCUGCGGGCAGAUGGUAUUCUGGUAUGGGGCCUGCUGGAGAUCGGUACGCCAGAGCAGCCCUUUGGCAUGGAUACCAGGAAGACCGCGAAGAUCAGCCUCAAUGGCUACGUCUUAGACACGGAGUCCUACGUCUAUGUGGAGGAACAAACGCUCUGGGGAAAGGUGAUUGCCGUGCCGGGAUUGGUGAAGACCUUUGGCGCGCCCAUUGCCGAGACCUGGCUCCGGGUGGAGUCCACCAUCGGGGCCAACGCGGAAUCCGCCUGCUUGCUGAACACCACAGGGCCUCUGGACUGGGAGGCAGGCGCUGAGGUGGCCUUCUCCGUCACAGAGUUCGACUUCCCCUGGCGGCAAUCCCUGUCCCGGAUCCUCACAGAAGAUCCGGUGUGGGAGCCGGACGGUGGCUGCUGGAGGAUCCAGUGGUCCGGCAGCCUUGGCCAGCGCCGCUAUUCCGGGACCUUCCCCGUGGGCGAGGAGAAGACGGUGACCUUGCGUGCCGCCGUGGCGCGCUUGGACCGUACCGUCAUCAUCGAGUCAGCCAGCAUUGAUACCACUGGUGGCAGCCAGUACGGAGGCCACAUCGAGGUCUUCGACGUGCAGCUGCAAGACCUGGCCGGCAGUACCAUGGUGGGCGAGCUCAACAUGCAGUACACGCGCUUUCACAACUUGGGCAAGGGCGCGCUGUCCGCCGCUGUGAAGGUGACCUACUCCUCCAAUUUCGAGCCGCCUCCCGUGCUCAUCUUCCACGGGAACUCCUGGACCGAGUCCACGGAAUAUGCCCUCCACCUGGAGUCUGCCAAUGUGCCGGUUCUCAUCACCUCCAAUGUCAUGUUCCGCUCGAAGAACGGCGGCAUCUUCUCGCAGAAGGGAUCCGCUGCGUUGCAGAUCAAGGACAACUGCAUCAUCGGCCUGUGGCUGGCCGACACCGCGCCACGCAUGGUGCUUCAAACCGAUGAAGACGUGGUUGUGAUGCAGUACGCUGGCAUUCGCCUGGAUGAAUUGCCAGUACGGAUGAUCGGCAACCUGGUCUCUGGCUCCAGAGACAUGGGCUACCUCACGCCUGCGGAGCCGUGCCCACCCCGCGCCAUCUUCAACAACGAGGCGGCAGGCGUCAUCGUCGGCGUCUACCUCCUGACGCAGACGGGCUCCUGUCAAACGGCGAACCUCUGGACAGUUUGGAAGGCGGCCCAUGCGGCCGUCUACCUUUCGGACUUCGCCACCUCCCAGACCAUCCUCUCCAACAUCGUAGUGGCGGACUCGCACAUGGGUAUUCUGCCCUACAUGAGCAUUGGAUCGGCCUUCAGGCGCCUCUUCAUCCGCAACUCCAUCAUCAUCGGCACCUCGCCGGCCGGCACGAAUUGCGAGAGCUCCACCUGGUGCCGCACCCAAACCCCGAAGGACCCCUACAUGGACGGCUGCGAAUCCAUGUAUGUGGGCGCCAACCUUCGGCGUGUUGGGUUUGUGGCGGCCAUCCAGACGGCGAACAAAAAGAGCUGUUGGAUGACCGAGCCCUAUGAAAAAUGCCGACUCAUGUCGACUGCGCAGCCCAAGCUGAACGGCUGCCAUCAGCCCUAUGAGAAGGACAUCCACAUGCAGAAGGGUCUUGGCUGGACUUUCUUCACCGACACGACCUUUGCAUACUUCAAGAGCUCGGAUUGCGGACUUUCGUCUCGCGCCAUCGCCGUGAACAUGUGGGCUGCAGAGGUGAGUUUCCCUGCCACCUUCACCCGCACCACCUGGUACGAGUCCGAUGACGCGGCCCGCUUUGAGCUGAGCACUGCUCAGCUGGAUUCGGCUUACACUGCCCGCGCCUCUCCGUGCAAGAGCACUGGUGGCGGAUGCAUGGGUCUGGACCAGAUGCUGCUCCAAGAUACCGAUGGUACGCUCACAGGAAGCGGCGCAGCCUAUGGCUCCGUGGUGCCGUUGACGCCCCGCACGGACAUUGUGUGGGCGCCUCUUUGCAACUCCAGCAUCGGGGACACGUACGUGGGAGCACAGGUGUGCCCCAAUGUCACCGUAGACCUCUUAGAGAUGAAGAACAUCGACCGCGGAGCCAAGGACGUGAAGUUCGGACCUUUGGUCUUGACGCCGGACGUGGAGGAGGACAACGGCUUCCAGGGGGGAGUGCUGAGCAGUGUGGGCCCCUUCUACGCCUCCUGCCCCUGCGGUUGGGACUUCUCGUUCUACCACAUCCUGAUCAAGCCCGACUCCACGUACUACAUGGAGGUGAUGUCUCUGCCGGAGAACUUCAAGCUCCGGUAUUGGAACCCCAACCCCGAGAAUUCCGUGCUGCUGGAGAUCUUCUACCCCGACUCCCGCGGGGUGAACGUCUUCGUGGGCGGCAGCGGGAAGCCGGACAUGGCGCUGAAGCUGGGUCGGAAGCCCACCCUGGAAGAUGAUCACGGCGCCCACGUCGUGGAUGCCCAAGCGCUACGCCUCUACGUGACCAUGCGGGGCUCGCAAGCAGGGUUUGACGCUCGGCAGGACCUCACGAUUCGGCGCACGCCCACGGUGAAGCUGAAGAUGAACAUUGAGAUAAGCAUCGAAGAGUUCAACGGGGCGGAGUUUCAGACGAACCUGGCGAUCUUGCUGGGCAUCCCCCCCGAGCGUAUCGUGGUAGCCGCCGUGAAGGCGCGGCGGCGCCUGAAGCUGCUGGAAAUCGGGGAAGACGAGUCUUUGUGCAUCGGAGACGAUUGCCAAUCCAAACGCCGGCGCCUGGCCACCGUGGAGCAGACGGACCUGGACAUCAGCAUCGAGCCCUCCAAGGAUGCUGCUGCCGCAGCCACAGGUGGCGACUCUGAAAGCUCAGGCAGUGAUGCGCUCAACGCCCAGGCGUCCGAGCUUGGCGAGGUCUCCAACAACUUGCAGCAGCUUUCCACAAGCCCAGACUUGGCGCAAGCUGCUGGCGGUGAGGUCUCCGUGAGUGAGAUCCAAGCACCGGCCGAGCCGGAUGAGGCGGGCGAAAGCUGA